UAUGUAAAAAGUAAUAUAAUUCUUAUAUUAAAACAAAAAUACCAACAAUACAUGAUAAUUUUUAAACGUGAAAUAAAAUAUUCGUGUUUAAAAAGUUUUAAAAUUCGCGGUAUAAAUCGAUCGUGCAGCAUAACCUAUCACAUCACAGAUUUUAACGGAAGAACCAAUGAGAUGAUUAGAAAAAUAUUAUAUCUUAUGAAUGAGAUAUAUUACAAAAAAAAUUUAUCUGUCAAAUUAAAAAGAGCCGAUAAAUAGAAAUUUUUUUGCGGAUCAUUUGAGAAAGAGUCUUCAAUAAAACGUAGACAUCUGUACACAGUGAAAAACUUUUCUUCGGAUAUAUCUAUUAAUAACUUUGCUUGCCAAGUAGUGUAUGCAGGUAUGUAUUGGAUCCAACACAGUUGUUCGUGAUGUCUCAUAUAGUACUUACGCAAUGCAUCAGUCCGAUUCACACGAAUCGUGACAAGAAAUUAGAAGUAGAAAGAACGCUUCUAGUACGUCACUAUUACUAGCGCGGGAUUACUUAUACCGGCGUUCGAAAUUAUUAAAAUCAAUGAGAUAUUCUCACGGAUAAAAUAAAAGAAUAGUCACCUUUCGCCUAUUGUAAUUUUCUUGGACGUUUAUAAAAGCCGUGUGACAAAGGUACAAAAAAAGAAAAAGAAAAAAGAAAAUGUCGAUCGAUUGUAUUUUUAAACACACCAAGGAAGAUGCUCUCAAGGAUUUCAUCUUUUUCGACGAGAAAACCAUACCACUAGAAGAUGUAAAACCUGUCAUAUUGCAACCAUUGCAGCCAACAUCUGCUAUCAUUAUAACAGGGUAUAUUCCCGUUCAUGCGAUAAGAUUUUCAAUAAAUUUAAAUUGCAAAACGAGCGGAAACAUAGCAUUGCAUUUUAAUCCAAGAAUAGAUAGAGGCUAUGUGGUAAGAAAUACCAAGAUCAAAGGUACAUGGGAAAUCGAGGAAACUUGUUCUCCAGUUGGUCCAUGUAAUUAUAUAUUUCGUCGAAACUCUUAUAUUCAUUUGAUGAUAUUUUGCACGGAAGAUGCAUUUCAGAUAGCUAUCAAUGGAGAACAUUUCUGCGCGUUCACAUAUAGAUUUCCACUUAGUGAUAUUAAGAAUCUUGAAUGCGAAGGACACAUAGAAGAUAUAAGAUAUAAUCAAUUAAAUCUUAACGUUUAUCCUGAUCCAAAGAUUUUUAAACCUUCACGUUCUUUAAGUUUGACAGUGGAUUCUCCUCUCGUAGAGUUUCUUGAAGUUCCGAUCAAUGUAAGAAUCGGCUGUGAAUUUAAACUCGGUACCAAUUUAUUUAUUAGAGGAAGAUUAAAAUUACUUCCCCAUUCAUUUUAUAUAAACUUACAAAAAGGUGAUACUGUUUAUCCUCACCCAAUAAUUGCCUUGCAUAUAAAUCCACGUUUCCUUUAUGGUAGUAGCGAGCCUUAUGUUGUCAUGAACUGUUGGGUCGAUGGUAGUUGGAAAAACGAGGAAAGACACGAAGGUCAUUUGUCUUGGAUGCCAGGCCGUGAUUUUUUAUUAACUAUACGUUGCGAGCAUGACAGCUUUUCAAUAUGGCUGGGAAAUAAAAUGAUCAGCGAAUUUAAGCACAGAUUAAAACCAUCGAUCAUUAAUACUCUACGAAUAUCAGGCGAUAUUGUUCUUUAUCAUCUGGCGAUCGAUGAUGUCAAAAAAAAAUGAAAUAACGAAUGACUUUAUCAUAACGAUAUUUGGAUAUCUUAAUUAUUAUUGAAAGAAGAAACAUGGAGACAUAUUUACUUAUCUCUGUUUCUUAUAUGGAACUUUUUAAAUGUUACCAUUAAUAAUCUAAAGAAUGGUACAAUGUUUUCUGAUAAACGCUCAGAACGUAUGUACUUACUACGUGCCCUUCUUAGACAAUAUAUCGUUUUAAGUUGAUUUUAUUAAACUCGUUGAUCAAGUUACGAAAAGACUUCUCCUUCUUCACUUUUCCAUUUCUUGUAAUAAUUAUUUAUGAGAUUGAUAUAUCUCUCUCUCUCAAAUUUGACAAAUCGCGAUCGAGUGUUUUCUUAAAGAAUUCUGAUCAAUGAUUGUUAAGAUUCUAUAAAAUGAGAAGUUCUUUUGUUGAUUUGUAAUGUGAUCAUAGACGUUUAAAAAAAUUUUCUUAAAACUUAAGAACUAAAGUUCUUAUAAGUAGGAUAAUUAACGAGAUUACAUUUCUUAUUCAUCUAUAUUAAUUAAUUAUAUCUUUUAUAUGAGAUAGGUAACAAGAAAUUUUUCUAUACCUUUUGUAAAACUUUCUUAGAAAUUUGAUUAGAUUUUAGGAGUGAAUAUUGAAAUUUGUUCACUUAUCAAUAGCGCAUAUUUGCUUACCUAUAUUAUAUACGUGACAUUUGUAGUCAUUUUUAAUUAUAAUCUACAAUGUAUAAUACUUUUAUGACUUAUACAAGGCAAUAAACUAAUUGAAUAUAUUGCAAUAAAAUAUUUUCUCUUCGUUAUUCUUUAAAUUUUGUUACGUAGAUAUAAUUUUUAUUUGUUCAGAAGAAAAAAAGAUUGCAGGUGAUUAUAAGAGAGUUUUGAUUUAUUAUUGCACAAUAAUUCUAAAUAUUAAGAACCGCAUUUCUUUGUCACGUAUUCGUAUCUAGUACUUUAGUUGACAAUUGAAUUUAGCUCUUUCUUACAUAAUAUUAUAAUAUCCUAUAAUCUAUAUACGAUACCAUGAAAAAAGCUACGCACACAUUUUCUUGAAAAUUGAAAAAUUCGCGUGAGCAUAUACUUGUUUCAAUGUUAUCUCAGAUUUUUAUUAAUAAUAUAAUACAUUACAUAAUAUCACGUUUACCUAAAAUAUGGAAGACAUAUUUCUCGAGUUUACACUUCGAUACAAAUCGUAUUUGAAAUUUGUGUGUCAUGUUAUUAAAUGUUAAUCUCUAUUAAAAACAAAAAAGAAGAACUAAUUAAUUAAUAUCUAUAUUCCAUGUAGAUAAAUAUUAUAUAAAUAA